GACUUGGUCUCCGGAACACCUCGCAGAGGUUGAGCGGAUCACAGGCGCCAGGCCAGGCGAAGACGUCCACGGUGGCCAUUCUCGUGAUCCUGGCUGUUCCUCGCCUGCUCCUGCUGGAUCCAGAAUGGCCCUCUGGUGCUACUGCCUCCUGGCCCUCCCGAUAAGGAGUCUCACUGGGACCCCUCCCAACUCCCCAGGUGAAUCAAGGAACCCUUGGGUCACAGCUCCAGUGGCCCCUGGAGAGGUAGUAGAGACUACAGGCGGGGUGUGCAAGUUUCCAGGGCAACGGCUGAGCUGGUGGCAGGCCCAAGAGUAUUGCGAGCAGCGGUUUGGCCACCUAACACAGCAGCACCCAGAUGAGGUCUUCGCGCGACGGCUGCCCGACCCCAUCUGGGUGGGCCAAAGACAAGCCCCUCUGCAAAGACCCCCACAGAGGCGCGCGCGCACCACGUACGCGCUGAUGUUCGGCGAGAGGACCUCGGACAGGGCGGCGCGGCUGCGGACGCCCGUGCCUGCGCUGGGGGCGCUGACGGCGUGCGUGCACGUGCAGUGGGACGCCGCCUCGCCAGACACCGCCGCUCUCUUCUCCCUCGCGGUGCCCGCGCUGGCCAACGCGCUGCAGCUGCGCGCCUUCGCCGAGCCAGGCGGCACCGUGCACGCGGCGCUCGUGGUGCGUGGGCACCACGCGCCCUUCCGCGCUGCCUUCCGCUCGGAUGGCCGCUGGCACCACGUGUGCGCCACAUGGGAGCAGCUGGGCGGGCGCUGGGCGCUGUUCGCCGACGGGCGGCGGCGCGCCGGGGCGCGGGGGCUGGGUGCGGGCCACCCGCUGCCACCUGGCGGCAUCCUCGUGCUGGGCCAGGACCAGGACUCUCUGGGCGGCGGCUUCUCAGCGCGUGACGCUUUCAGCGGCAACCUCACUGACUUCCACCUGUGGGCCCGGGCGCUGAGCCCCACGCAGCUGCACCGGGCACGGGCCUGUGCGCCACCCCCGGGCGGCCUGCUCUUCCGCUGGGACCUGGGCGCCCUGGACAUCACGCCCUCACUGCUCCCGCCGGUGCGGGUGCGGCUCCUCUGUCCGGUGCCCUCAGAGGAGUGCCCUGCGUGGGACCCAGGACCCCGCACGGAGGGCUCUUUGCUCUGCCUGCAGCCACUGCCAUUCCUCUGCUGCUACCAGACAGAGACCUACCGGUGGCUGCAGGAUGCCCCGUCAUGGCCUGGCCAGGAUGUUAUCAGCCACAUCAACGCCUUAGCCAAGGCCAUUGUGCUCCUCCCUGACCCUCUGUCUGAAGCCCACGGAGACCUGUCCCUGGCCGAGGCCUCCAGCUUCCUGAGUAUUCUGGAGAGAGUCCUGGCAAAGGAGGCAGCUCCACUGGGACCAGCUGCGCUGCUGGCUGUCGUGCAGUUCCUGAAAAGAGUGACAGCCCUCGGGGCGUGGGAGCCAGAGCCCAUGACAGGGCCCUGGGAGCAGCUGGGCCGGGCCGUCCUGUCUGUGGCCAGCCUGGUCCUAGAGGAGCAGCUGGCUGGUGCGUGGCUGUCAGUCAGCAAGGUGGUUGGAGGACCCAUGGCCCUGGUGGCAAGCGUGCAGCGCCUGGCGCCCCUGCUGAGCACUGUGCUGACCUCUGAGCGGCCGCGAAUGCACGUCCAGCACCGCCACGCCGGCCUGGACGUGUGGCAUCUACGCUUGAGAGAGGCCAAUGCGGAGGGCAUCGUGUUCACAAUGCCCGGUGGGCAUCCAGAGGGGCCGGGCCACAUCCGCAUCCCCACCGUUGAAGUGAGGCGGCUCCUCCAGAAAGGCCUCUCUGGAGUCACCGUGAUCCACUGCUGGUUCAGCUCCAGUGUCUUCCAGCACACCCAGGGGGCCCCUGGCCAAGAACCCCAGACUCCUGACAGCUCUGAAGAGGCGAGCAGGAUGCAGAGGUUCCUAAGUACCCAGGUGGGGUCAGCCAUCAUCUCCUCUGAGGUGUGGGAUGAGACAGGGGAGGCCAGCACGGCUGUGGCCUUCCACCUGCAACACCAGGUACUCAGUGAUGCUUCUGGGAAACAGCCACCUGCUCCCUACUCGGGGGGCUCCUGGGCCACCACUGGCUGCUCCGUGACUGCCCUGUAUCAGGACUCGACCGCCUGCUUCUGCAACCACAGCACCAACUUUGCCGUCCUGUUGCAGGUAUACGACGUCCAGAGGGGCCCCGAGGAGGAGUCACUGCUGAGGACGCUCUCAUUCGUGGGCUGUGGUGUGUCCUUCUGUGCCCUCGCCACCACCUUCUUGCUCCUCCUGGUGGCCGGGGUCCCCAAGUCAGAGCGAGCCACCAUCCACAAGAACCUUACCUUCUCCUUGGCCGCUGCCGAGGGCGUCCUCAUGGCCAGCGAGUGGGCAGAGGCCAGCGAGGUGGCAUGUGUGGCCAUCACUGCGGUGAUGCACCUGCUCUUCUUGGCCGCCUUCUCCUGGAUGCUGGUGGAGGGGCUGCUGCUGUGGAGCAAGGUGGUGGCGGUGAGCAUGCGCCCGGGCCCCAGGCUGACGCUGUACUACGCCACAGGCUGGGGCAUGCCCGUGGCCAUCGUGGCCAUCACCUUGGCCAUGUGUCCCCAUGACUACGUGGCCACGGGGCACUGCUGGCUCAAUGUGCGUACAGACACCAUCUGGGCAUUUGUGGGGCCCGUGCUCUUCGUGCUGACUGCCAAUACCUGCAUCCUGGUCCGCGUGGUGAUGGUCACUGUGUCCAGCGCCCGCCGUCGGGCCCGCAUGCUGAGCCCACAGCCCUGCUUGCAGCAGCAGAUCAGGAUCCAGAUGUGGGCCACAGUGAAGCCGGUGUUGGUCCUGCUGCCUGUCCUGGGCCUGACCUGGCUGGUCGGCGUGCUGGUGCACCUCAGCCCUGCCUGGGCCUACGCCGCCGUGGGCCUCAAUUCCUUCCAGGGGCCGUACAUCUUCCUGGUCUAUGCCGCCUACAACAGGGAGGUCCGGAGUGCCCUGCAGAGGAUGACUGAGAAGAAGGCAGCAGAGACAUUCAUGGUGGACACCUGGCUCUUAGAGGGACCCAUGGCCCCAGAAUUCCCACAAGCUUCUCCUCCAUCGCAGAUCCUGAGAGACCGGUGA